AUGACUGCAUCGGACUCCCCUAUCCCUUUAAACUGGGACUUCACUCCAGUGCAUGACCUAUUACGGUCGCCUAUCGAUGGCUGCACUGCGAGACCUAGUCGCCACAAUGAAUCUACAAUCCCCUCGCUUGGUGAACAACAAGCCAAAGGUGAUCCUCGUUACACCACCAAUGGUAGGCUCGUGGAUCUUAUCUCAAAUCGGAGUAACCCGAAGCUUGGUGACUUUGGUGCUCUUUGGGAGCUUUUCAACGGGGUCCCCGCUCCUGCGGGCGUCACGCCAACUUUAGGGACCACAAAAACCACCAAGUCUGAGCUGCAGAAGGUUCAGCCAUCGCUUGAAGAACUUCCUCCUACCUCAGCGGAACGACCGGACAAGAAGGUCUCAUUCCCCGGCCCCCCUGGUAUUGAAACAUCCGCCCCCGUUUUGUCCAACAUCUCUCGCGUCAUCAACGAGCCAAAUCCCUGGGCCCCCAAUGACACCGCCACUGGCUAUAUUUCCCAUUCCUCUUCUCGCCCAAAAGCCCAGGCGACAGGUAUUCCUGCCGAUUUUCAGGGUCAAUCAUUCACUAUCUUGAGGCGGACCUCUGUUCGUGUGCCUUCUGGAAUUAGUGCCGAUGUGAAAUUUGGUAUUCCACGAACCCCGCCAGAGACGAUUGCUAAAGCCAGAGUUGAUGAUUCAAGUGAUACUCCCACAGCAAAACCCAAGCCUCGAUCUCGAGGAAAGGAUUUCCAUAAGAACACGCGCAAUAAUCCAGUCACUUCGGAAGAAAGUGCUGGGUUAGACUCAGACUCAAGCAUUGUGUUUGAUCAUCCCCUUUCCGAGAAACCAGUAGCCAUUCGAUUUGUCCCAACUCGGGUCGGCACGUCUGAAGCAAAGAAUUGUCGUUAUGACACCCCACCGUCAUCAUUUGAGGAUAAUGACUGGAUAUUAAAUGCCGACACCGUUAAAGGGCUUGCUUCGGGGGGUGCUCGUGUGCGGUCUACCCUGCACCUAUCGGCCGCGGACCGAAGAACCACCUUGAUUACCAGACUCCUCGGCCACUUCCCCGCCUAUGCCCAAAUUGUGUCUCAAGUAGGGCAGAUUUCGCAACACCGUCCCAUCGAGAGUAUUGAUUUGCAUCCCAUUCAUAUAUUUGUUGAUAUGUCAAACAUUAUGGUGGGAUUUCAUGAUGCGGUGAAAACCUCGCGCAACAUCCCUCUCUCCAGUCGAAUCCGUCGCGUUCACAUGUCUUUUGCGAACCUCUCGUUGAUCAUGGAACGCGGCCGCCAGACCGCCAAGAGAGUCUUGGUCGGCUCGGAUCGUCUUCCCUCCGUUGAUGAAGCCGAGAGACUCGGCUAUGAAGCUAGUAUCCUCGAGCGUGUGCACAAGACGAAGACCGUCACCCCCCGUCGCAAUAACAAGUCCUGGAAAAACCAUGGCUCCAGUUCUCAGGGUGCAUCUAGCGGUCCUGAAAUGGUCGCUGCCUCUGGAGAGCGAUGGGUCGAGCAGGGUGUGGACGAAAUUCUGCACCUAAAGAUCCUGGAGAGCCUUUUAGACACGAAAGAUCCCGCGACUAUUGUUUUGGCGACGGGGGACGCGGCCGUGGCCGAGUUCUCUGGUGGAUUCAUGAAGAUGGUCGAGCGCGCGCUGCAGCGCGGCUGGAAUGUUGAGCUUGUGAGCUUCUCGCAGGGGACAAGCUAUGCUUACCGAAAGAAGGAGUUUCGGACUCGGUGGGGAGACCGCUUCAAGCUGGUCGAGCUAGACCGCUAUGUGGAGGAACUGUUUGAGUGA